CAGUAAAACACCUGAGGAGAGCCGUCUCUGGACUGGAGGUAAGAGCCUGAAGUUUGUCUGUCUUCUUCUGCUUCCUGUUAAUGAAACUUACUACUCGAUUACUAAAAACUGAUCAAAUUUAAUCUCAUUAUGACGUAUCUCAAAUGAAACAUAUUAGGAGCUGUUUAUUUGUUUAGUCAGUAUUUACAGACCUGGCCCCUCUUCCAAUAUGCUCACUGAACAUGUGUUGUGAAUUUUGACCUCACCCGCCUCUCGUGAUUUAUGUGGUCUGUUAUGUCAGAAUAAAAAUAGGGGAAAUGUUAGUUUUAGUUAGUUUCGGGUUUUAAUCUGAGGCUGUUGAUAUGAAUGACAUGAGCAGUGAAUCAAAGCAAUAAUCUAUCUGUUGACUAAUAUCAUGUGACGGAACUAUAUGACCCUGAUUGCCUACCUUAUCAGUUUAAUUGUGCUGUCCUGUGAAAACAAUGCAUCUCCAAAACAUCUACUUUUCGUGAACAGCCCUCUUCUCAGCUUUGUGGCAAGGUUUGUGGUUUCUGACUCCACUUCCAUUUUUGGUCCAUCAAGAGUUCAUCCACACAGCUCUAAGGAUGUCAUCUCACUACAUUCCCAUUCUAGAGAUCUUCCUGGGCAUCCUGGGCUUCGGCCUCUCCAUCAUGUUCUGCACGACCUUCUGCAGGGCGUGCAGUCGCUUAAGGGAGGAGCAUAUAGAGAGGGAGGCGUGGAGACGCAGUGAGCAGGACGGGUGCCCUCGUUCGAUAUAUUUCAUCCCCUACCCUAGAAGAAUGUCACAGCAGGACAGUGAAGACCACCACAGGGUGUCUCAACACAGCCAGGAGCUCCACACACCACCACAAUACAGUACUGCUGUCUACUGUGGGCCCCCACCUUCCUAUAAUGAGCUGGGAUUCAAGCCUGAGGAUCUUCCCCCUGCUUAUACAGAAUAUAACACUCCUGUGUAUCCCAUCACACCUCCACCUCUCACAGACAUGGUUCAACCACAAACACAGUCACAACCAUAACCCAGGACCAUCACACUGUGCCUGUGUUGAGGUUAUGGACAGUCUUGAUUAUUGAACUGCCUCAUGGACUUGAGUGAUAUAAUGUUUUUAUGUUUUAAAGCUUCUUCUUAUUUUGUUAUUGUUUUUUUGUUCAUUGUGGUAAUGAAUGUGAUGAUGGCACAGACAGGAUGAAAGCUGCAGAGAUGACAUGAGGUUUAAAGCUACAACGCCAUGAGUAUACAGCACAUUGUCCGAGCCACUAAAACACUUAAGACCCAAAAUACAUUUUAUACCCAUAUGAUGAUUGUUGAAAUGGGAUCUGUGCACAUAAUUUCCCCACUUGCUGUUCUCCAACAAACAGAUUAUGCUUUUGGUCCUGUUUGUUUGCAUGUUUUUUCAUUAGCAGGAUAUCUCAAAAAACACUUUAUAGGUAUUAAUGAAAUUAGUGUAAAUUCAGGUGGCAAUGUGUAUCUAAUUGUGCCAUCAUGUGGCCAUUUAUGAAGCACUUUGUUUUGGGUCAUGUCUACUGAAUCAUGAGGACUGGGUGCCAUUUUCCCCCUUGGUCUCUCCGUUUUCCAACAUUAAUGAGUGCCAGCACAGAUUUUCCAUUAAAUGUUUUCUUGCCACUUCUACCAAUUUAUCCUAUCUUCACAAAAUCUGGUACGUUAUAAAUUUGGGUGAGCCGCAUAUGUAGUACAAUUUUCCUGGUUGCCAGAGUCUUGUAGUUGUGGCCUAUUUGACAUAAAUUGGUAUAACUCUUGAACACAUUGUGAAGUUUCAACCAAAUUUAUAUUGCACAUAUGAAUUCUGUGCAGUUGAUAGUAUUUUGCAGAUAGGUGGCACAACAACAUGAUGAACUGAAAUGACCUUAACUCAAUGUUCAUGAGUCGCUUGAUUUCAUGGCGCAAUUUAUCCCUUUUUUGAACCCAAAUAUCCAUAGACAGGAUUUUGAUUUUUUUCUUUCAGGAAAAUUACAAGUUGAGAAGAUUGUUCAGCCUUAGAUAGGUAUUGUUUAAAUAGUGUAUAAUAUAUAAUAUAACAGAUAAUACUGAACUGAGUAGCAGGCUUGAGACAAAAGCAGAGACACACAGGGUGUGUGAAAAGCAUGUGUUUUUACAUGUCGCAUACAUGUGUUUUCAGGGACUGAAUGAUGUAUUCAUGUUGCAUUCAAAUAGUAGGAACAACUUUCAGAAAAACUUGUUGGUCCAAAGCAACAACUUGUUCUCAGGUAAUCAAACUUGACUGAAGUUUUCUGUAGAUUUUAAUACGAUUAUAUUGUGUCAUUGCAUGUUAAGAGACAUGACCUGAAAUUGGAUCAUAUUUUUUUUUCCUUUCUCUGUUGUUGUCUUUCUUAUUUUCUUUUUAGUGACACUAGACAAACCUACUGCUUUAUACCGCGGCCCCAAAGUAUUUACCUGCUCAGAGGAGUGUAAACCAAGACAGCUGCUUUUUGUGAGAUUAAUGGAGACUUUGAUUUAAGUCUUUAAUUAAACAAUGACGAUACUAUAAAUGAAAUGUGUAAAUGUGCAAAUAGCACAUAAGAAGUGUUCGAAUCUCAGGACAUAUAGUAGCUGGUCUACUAACAGAUCUCUGACUAGAAUGACAAAACAUACGUGUCACUGUAUGUCUGUAAUAUCACCCAAAGUAGAUUUGCUUUUGAGAAAAAUAAAAUUAGAAAUACAGAUAAAAUAUGUCUAUAUAUUUAAUUUUAUGCCAUAUUUCUAUGUCAAUGUAAGAUGUUCAUCAUAUGUUUUUCAACAAACAAUAAAUACAGCACUGUAACUGAA